AUGGCUACAGUAACAUGUUGUACAUGUAAAUUAACAUGUAAUUUGGACGAUAUUUCCAAGCAUUUGUCGUCUACAAGACAUAAACAAGUUCAGUACGAUCCUUUGGAAGAAAUCAUCGAAUGUGAAGAAUGUGACGAUACUAAUAUCCAUCAAUUACAAAUACUUAGAUUUGGUUUGAAUGAUAUGACAUUAUUAUGUCAAGCAUGUUUAAAUAAAGAAGAUAAACCUUCCAUUCAAUAUUCAUUAUCAAAUGGUUCACUUUUUAAGAAAAUCGAACAGUAUUUCACCUUCAGAGAUUUAGAAUGUAAAAUUUGUGCAAAUGACAAGAGAUUAUCAAUAACUAAAGAAAAUGGUGAAAAUUUAGUAGUGUGUAAUAAUUGUAAACCAGGUUACCAAGAGAAAUUUCCAAAUGCUAAGUUUGUUAGUGAAGAUGACGAUUAUUUCUUAUCGGAGUUAUUUGGGUUGACGGAGUUCAAGCCAAAUGGUAAGUUCAAAUCAAAGAAAAGAGGAAAGAGAGCUGUCAGAGGUGGUAAAAGGAAACCAAAGGUUGUAAGUGCUCAAAAACAGAAGGAAGCUGACGAAAGAAGAGAUUAUUAUUUCAGUAAGUUGGCUCAGUCAAAGGAAUUGAAGAGUGGUACCACUGUCAAGGCUGUAGGAUAUGAGGAACCAAAAUCUUCCAGGACUAAUAAUUCAAGCACAAAAGGUUCUAAGCCAACAGGAAAGGGAGCUUUCAAGGGACCGUCAUCAAAAUCAGGACCAUCCAACAACGGAGGAAGAAAAUCAAAUUUCAAUACCCCGAGUCCCUCUCCUAGAGCCUCCAAACCAAAUAGUGCUAAACAAUCAAGAUCGACAACCCCAAUACCUAAAGGAAAACCUUCAAGCUUACCUACCAAACCAGAAAGGCAAAUUCCAAGUAGCUUACCAAGCAAGCCGGAGACAAAUAACAAACCUUCCAAUAAGGGAAAGGCUGGUAAACCAACAGAAGAACAAUCAAGUAAGAAUGGGAACAAGGUGCCAUUGGGAAAAAAGGGCGAUAAUAAAAAGAAGGAGAAGUCUGAAAAGGUCGGUAGUGUUCAAGAAAACAAACCUAAAAAGGAAUCAGCUAAAAACGGUAACAAAGAAAAGAAUACCAAAGAACUGAAACCCGAGCCUAAGAAGGUGAAGAACGAUAAAUUAGAUUCCAAGAAGGACCAAGGUCAUUCAAAGAAAGAUCAAGGGGACGCCAAAAAAGAUUCAAAGGGUAAGUUGAAAGGAGCUAAGGUAGCUGAUGUUAAACAGAAUGGAGCCAAGGGUAAAGACACAAAAUCUAAAGAUACUAAAAGCAAACAAACGAAUAAAGUCUUACCUUCAGAUGAAUCUAAAACAAAAGACAAGACCAUGGAGUCUGAGCAAAAGCCUAUAGUGUUACCCCCUGGCAUCUCCAAAUAUACUCCUUCCAAAGAACCACCUUUGUCAUACGAUUCAAUGGAAAAAUACUUCCAAGAAAUGAGUUAUAACUUAUUCCUUGAAGAGAAAUUGAGUAUGUCAUCAUCAAACAAUGCUUAUAUUGAUAGCACUGAACUGGUUUUAUUGUGGUAUGAAGAUCAAGAUAAGAAGAAUAAGCAGUAUAAAUUGGAAAUCAAAUUGACUCAAGAAUUCAAAAACAAGUUCUUGAGGAAAAGCAUUCAAAAAUUCAGAAAGGAGCCAUUUUCAGCCGAUCAGACCAUGUUUUUGAUCUUGAACGAUGAGAUAGCUUGGUAUGGUAAGAUCGUUUUAUGUGAAAUAAUCAAAGUUGGUAGAGGUAGAGUUAAGGAAGAGGUUUUGGAAGUCAUUAUAGAGAAUUUCGAUUGGAACUAUCAAAAAUUACCAACCAAUGUCAACGUCAAGCAUUUGAAGAUUUUACCAGCAUCGAUUCCUGUUUCAAGAGUAUUCUUGGCCAUGUCUAGAAUCGAAAAUCCUAAAUUUAUAAAAAUGUUGUUGGGUAAAGAACCUAUUAGACAUAUUGAUUUCAAGAACUAUGUCAAAUUCUCAGAUCCUAACAAAUUCAAUGAAUCACAGAAAGUCGCUUUACAAUCAGUGUUGAAUAAUCCUAUCACAGUCUUACAAGGUCCCCCAGGUACGGGUAAGACAUCUACCAUCCAUGAAAUCAUUUUACAAUUAUUAAAUAAUUUGAACACUUACCCAAUUUUGGUGGUGGCAGCUUCGAAUAUUGCUAUUGAUAACAUUGCUGAGAAGUUGAUCGGUACCCACGAAAGAUCUUUGUUAAGAAUUGUUGCCAAUGAAAAAGAACUGGAUUAUAAUAGAUCUCAUCCUUUAAACCCAAUAUGUUUACAUCACAAAAUGCAUGAAAUGUUACCACAAGGUAUGAAAGAUGAUCUCAUUAAAUUGAGAACAUCACGGUCUAACGAGGUUAGUGUCAAUCAGUAUAAGAAGAUCAGAAGUAAGCAGGUAGAAUUAUCUAAUUUAUUGAUCGCUCAAGCAAGAGUGAUUUUUACUACCACUGUUGUUGCUGGUGGAAAUCAAUUGAAAUCAGUGAAAAAAUUCCCAGUUGUUAUAAUGGAUGAAUCCACACAAAGUUCUGAACCAAUCACCUUAAUACCUUUAUCAAUGCCAGGAGUUGAAAAGUUCGUGUUCGUUGGGGAUCAAAAUCAAUUGAGUAGUUUCACUCAAGUUCCUAAUUUAUCAUUAUCACUUUUUGAAAGGGUGCUUAUCAAUGGAACAUACAAGAAAGCUCAUAUGUUGGAUACUCAAUAUAGAAUGCAUCCAAUGAUUAGUGAAUUCCCAAGAACCAAAUUCUAUGGAGGUUUAUUAAAGGAUGGUAUCACUGAGGAACAAAGAUUUAUUCCAUCUAUAACUAAACCAGUAACAUUCUGGGACACCAAAGGUAAAUUUAAUGAAGAAAGAGUAAGAAUCAGAAUGAGAGAAGAUAAUGGAUAUACUUAUGCCAAUCUGGGAGAAAUCAAAUAUAUCAUAGAGGUAUUAACAGAUUUGAUUUUCAGUAAAAAGAUAGAAAAGAAAGAUAUCGGUAUUAUUACUCCAUAUAGAGGACAAAGAGAUUUGAUUUCCCAUGAAUUACUGAAAAACGAUUUGAUAAAUCCUACCAAAGAAGAAAUUAAAGUCGAAGUUGAUAGGGAUGAUAUCUAUAAUGAAUCAAAACCUUUAACCAUUCACACUGUUUCAGAUAUUAUGAUUGCUUCCAUUGAUGCUUUCCAAGGUAGAGAGAAGAACUUCAUCUUAUUCUCGUGUGUCAGAAGUAAUAAAGAUAACAAGAUUGGAUUCUUAAAUGAUGCCAGGAGAUUAAAUGUUGCCUUAACAAGAGCUAAAUAUGGUUUGAUUAUGAUUGGAGAUUAUCAAUGUUUGGUCAAUGAUGGUUUAUGGAAAGAAUUCUUAGAUCAUUUACUGACAAAAGAGUUGAUCAACAAUGAAGAAUCGUUUGUUUAUUAA